UUUUCAUCUCUCCCCAGUCCCCCCCAACGCUCCUCCCCUGCUCCCCGAACCAAAAUCAUUUCAUUUGCAUUUCAAUUUCAAUUUCGAGACGUUACUCUCUCUCUCUCUCUCUCUCUCUCUCUCUCUGUAUAUCUAGACGCCAUUUCUCUCUCGCCUCGGCUGCUCUCCUCGUCCGUAUCCAUCGUUGUCGAGUGAAUUUGGAUAAUGGGGUUGGGCCUUUGCUUCCGAUUUUCGUCGCGAUCUCCUCGGAUUUAUCUCUCUACAACUCCAUAAACUGGCCCUUUUUCAUUCUCUUUACAGAUCUGUGAACACCGAACUCUCUCUCUCUCUCUCUCUCUAGGGUGCUGAAUCUACUUCAGGCCUGUCUUCUUAGUCGCUACUGAAGUAUGUGCAGUGGACCAGAGCAAAACAAAUCCACAUCGUCUUCGUCUCCAUCUACUGUAGAAAAUACUGGUGACCAAAAGGACAUGGGUGAAUUAACCAUUGAUACGACUGAUCCAUUUUCCAGUUUACUUGAGCUUGCUGCUAACAAUGACUAUGAGGGAUUUAAGCAAUUGAUCGAGUGUGAUGGGUCAACUGUUGAUGAGGUUGGAGUAUGGUAUGGCCGAAAAAAGGGCUCUAAACAAAUUGUUCUGGAGCACAGAACUCCACUGAUGGUAGCUGCUACAUAUGGGAGUGUUGAUGUUUUGAAGUUAAUACUCUCUCAGCCCAAGGUUAAUGUGAACCUGUCAUGUGGACCUGACAAGAGCACAGCCCUUCACUGUGCGGCCUCAGGUGGAUCAGCCAAUGCUGUUGAUAUUGUGAAGCUGCUUUUGUUAGCAGGUGCUGAUCCAAAUUCUGUGGAUGCUGAUGGCCUUCGCCCAGUAGAUGUUAUUGUUGUCUCUCCAAAGCUUACUGGCAUGAGAGCCUCUCUUGAAGAAUUGCUCACGAGCAAUGUUUAUGAUGGCCCAGUUGGUGAUUAUAACUUGCACGUGACAGUCACAACUUCCAACUCAAACUCACCUACGUUGUCAUCAUCUCCUGGAAAUGGGUCACCAUGUUCUCCUUCUGAUUCAGUUUCUUCAUUGGUGUCAAAGAUUAAUGAUCUUCCUGCUAAUUCUACAUCAGAGAAGAAAGAAUAUCCAAUUGAUCCUUCCCUCCCAGAUAUCAAAAACAGCAUUUAUUCAACAGAUGAGUUCCGCAUGUUCUCUUUCAAAGUUAGGCCUUGCUCUAGGGCAUACUCCCAUGAUUGGACUGAGUGCCCUUUUGUUCAUCCUGGUGAGAAUGCUCGCAGGAGGGACCCACGGAAAUAUCAUUAUAGUUGUGUGCCUUGCCCUGAUUUUAGGAAGGGUGCUUGCAGGCGAGGGGAUAUGUGUGAAUAUGCUCAUGGAGUGUUUGAAUGCUGGCUUCAUCCUGCUCAGUACCGAACUCGGCUCUGCAAGGAUGGCACAAGUUGUGCUAGAAGGGUUUGCUUUUUUGCCCACACACCUGAAGAGCUUCGUCCCUUGUAUGUCUCAACGGGUUCUGCUGUUCCAUCUCCCCGGUCAAAUGCCACAGCUGCUAAUGCCAUGGAUAUGGCUGCUGCGUUGAGCCUUUUUCCUGGUUCUCCCUCAUCAGUCAUGGCUGCUUCGCCAUUCAGUCAAUCCAUGUCUCCAUCCACAAAUGGGAUUUCACACUCAUCUGUGGCUUGGCCCCAACCAAAUGUUCCAACUCUUAAUCUCCCUGGCAGCAAUCUUCAAUCAAGUCGCUUGAGAUCUUCACUUAAUGCUAGAGACAUUCCACCUGGGGAUUUGAAUGUGUUAACGGAUUUUGAUGCCCACCAACAGCUUUUAAGUGAUCUCAGUUGUUUUUCUCAGGCCCGUUCAAACCCUGCCUCUUUGAACAGGUCUUGUCUCUCAAAAACGCUGACUCCUACAAACCUUGAAGAGCUAUUUUCUUCUGAAAUCAACUCUUCUCCCCGGUUUUCUGACCAGGCUGCUUCUGGUGUUUUCUCGCCAUCACAUAAGUCAGCUGUUCUCGGUCAGUUCCAGCAGCAGCAGAACAUGCUAUCUCCAAUCAAUACUAAUGUUUUUUCGCCCAAGAAUGUGGAGCUUCCUCUGUUGCAUGCUUCUUUUGGCAUCUCAUCUCCCCGAGGAAUGUCUCCCAGAAGCGUGGAACCUAUAUCUCCAGUGAGUGCCAGACUCUCUGCACUUGCCCAACGUGAGCAGCAGCAGCAGCAUAUACAGCUGCGCAGCCUCAGUUCACGGGAUCUUGGAUCUGCUGCCAAUGCUUCUUCCAUCAUUGGGGGAUCCCCUGUGAAUUCCUGGUCAAAAUGGGGUUCUCCACAUGGAAAAGUUGACUGGUCUGUGAAUGGAGCCGACCUGGGUCAGUCGCUAAGAUCAUCUUCCUUCGAGCUAAAAAAUAAUGGAGAGGAGCCUGAUUUGUCGUGGGUGCAAUCUCUAGUCAAAGAAUCACCGCCCGAGAUAAAGGAGAAACCUGCAGGUCCAAUAUCUGGCAUUAAGUCUUCUGGUGAGGCUCUGAAGUCCAAUUCUCAAGUUGAGUCCGUCGAUCAUUCAGUUAUAGGAGCAUGGCUUGAGCAGAUGCAACUUGAUCAGCUCAUGGCCUGAGAGAAAUUGAAUUCUUUUUUACCCAUUGAGACAUUGACAGAAGUUAGGAAGUGGAUAUUUCCAUUUUUGGUUUCUAUUUGGCUGGUGGAAACGAAAUUGGGGAAGGUAAGCUGGUGAAGUUGCAAGAAGGGUAAAGGGAUUAAUUGGCAAAUAUAAUUCAUUUUUCAUUUGUUGUAAUAGCAGAUCUCAGAAAAUGAGGAUGGUGAAGCUUGUCUGGGCUACCAAAGAAACCGGUCCAGAUUUGGUAUAGUUCCUUAAAUACUUUGAAACCUCUAGGAUUACCCUUUUUUUUUUUUUCCUUUUUAAAUUUCCUUGGCGAAAAGCUACAUGUUUCUGUGCAAUGAAACUGGGCUUUUUCUAUGUGUUGAUAUGCGUUGAACAAUUUCUUCAUUUGCUAUAUCAGUAACUGCAAGGAUUAUUAUGAGUUU